CCGUCGAAGCCCCAUAGAGAUGCUGUUCCUGCUCCUGCUCCUUUAGAAGGAUACCAUGACAAAUCACUGGGAGAAUCGCGACGAGUUACUUAAAAUUUCAGCUUUAUACGGAGGAUGACAUUAACACAAUUUUAAGAUGGAAUAGCUAUUGACACACUUGCGCUAUUGAGUGAUAUUAAAAUAUGACAAAAGAGAUGAGUAUAAUUACUUUAUCUUUGCUCCUGUGUGCUGACCUACUGGAUUUCGUUAGAGGUUAUUUAACAGUCACCAUUGAGCCUCUCCCUCCUGUGGUUAUGGGGGACACAGUGACUUUGAAGUGCAAUUUCAGAACGGAUGGCAACUUACGAGAGAUUGUGUGGUUUCGGGUGACUGAAGGUGGAACCUCCAAACAGAAAAUUUUCACCUACGACGCCAUGUACAACACCAAUUUUUCUCACAUGGAGGACUUCCGCAAAAGAGAGGACCUUGUUUAUCAGUCAACUGUCAGAUUGUUCCUCAAUGUUCCCAGGCUCCCUGAGGUUCAGAUGGAAGAUGAUGGACCAUAUGAAUGCCAUGUGGGGAUCUAUGACAGGGCGUCUAGAGAGAAGGUGGUCUUGGCAUCUGGGAGUAUCACUCUAAAUGUCAUGUCUCCACCAAAAUCAAUAUCGGUUGAGGCAGCAAAUCAGCCAGCUCGAUUCAAUCGCUACGAGGCUCAGAACUUCACGCUUGUUUGCAUUGUAACUGGAGGAAAACCUGCCCCUGUGGUGUACUUCAAGAGGGACGGAGAACUUAUUGAAGUCCAUCCUUUCACAUCCUCUGAGAAAGUGGAAAACAGAGGCUUGCUUGGUGCCAAGGAUAACCAACCGCUUAUCAGCCGAGAACUGGACGACACAAAAGUGCAGAAGUCUCUUUCUUUCCUGGGCCCUUACAGCGAACAGGUGCGUCUGGAUAAAGACCGGCCCCAGCGCAGCUACACGUCUGAAGCCCCUAGCCGGGAGGAACCCAGUCCCACCACAGAGGUCAUCCCAGAGACUGUGAUCAGCCGAGAGUUUCCCCGCUGGGUGCUGAGCUCAAGUCCACUGUACUUUUUCAACCAUACACUGUCUGAGCUUCAUGAUGGUACCAUGGAGGUUCAAGCUACGCUAACCUGGCACCUGAACCCACAACUGGACAAUGAGGCUCUGUUCAGCUGUGAAGUCAAGCACCCGGCUCUAUCCAUGCCCAUGAAGGCAGAGGUUACGCUCUCUGCUCCAAAAGGUCCGAAACUCUCGAUGGCUCCAAGCAGAGUGGAAGUGGGAGACACGGUUCGCAUUAAAGUAGAAGGAUUCCAAAUGGGGCCCAAAGCGAAUGAAGUGUUUCCAGAGCCACUGUUCACAUGGACACGUGUGGGAGGACCUCUGCUGGAUGGAAGUGAAGAGAGAUUUGGUAAAAUACUGGUUCUGGAUAGAGUCCCAGCUGAGCUCAACGGCUCAAUGUACCGCUGCACGGUCCAAAACCCUUUGGGAUCUACCAACACGCACACCCGCCUCAUAAUAUUUGAAAAUCCCAGGAUCAAGAAGAAGACUAAACAUCUGAACCUUCCCAAUUCUUCCGGAGACAUGCUUGGACCCUCACUGAUGAUGUUGCUGUUGUCAUUGACUCUUGAGUUAACAUGAGCUGACUAUGGGAUGCACUUUUCGUUAGUACCCUCUAUGAUACUGUGUCAGCUCCUCUGCCAUCUCUUUCGCUGUCCAGCAGCUACACUAUAAUCCAGGACUGAGAUUGCAGCAGAGAAAUAUGUGCUCAGAAUCAGAACGAUGAGCUCAACCCACCCGGACCACCCCAUCCAUGUGACUACAGUUCAGCUCAGUUUGUUCCGCACCUGUUUUGUCUCAAUACAGUGACAUAUUCAUGCUUUGACUUCAUUUUCUACAUUGUAUUUGUGCACAGCUGCUUUGCAGAAAAGGAUUAGAGUGAUUUGGAAUGGGUCGGCCCACAUACAGAUAAUCCUGGACAUACAUUACAGCUUUCAUCAUUCUAAACAGCUUAUUGUAAUGUCAUUUCAUUAAUGUUGUUCCUAAAUAUACCCGAGUUGUUGAGUGCAAAAUAAAAUCACUCAAUUGCUUUCAGAGCUGAAGCUAUUGAAAGUUGAGGAACAGAUUCACAUACUGCAUACGACCUCUAGAUGACAGUGUAGAUCUACAGUCCGAAGACCUUUUUAUUCUUCAAAAAAUUCAAUAAACCCUUAGACUUGUGUUCACUAAGAUGUUACUCAAACAGUUAUGUAAUGCAUUCUAGCGACAUGUCAUUGUUUCUACACAGAAUACCCAACGACCAAGGUUUGUUCGCUUUGUUUUCUAUUGCAAAACUUGAUAAAGAAUAAAGUCAAAAUUUGAAAAUUUUGAAAUUCUUUUUUCCCCCUGCUGAAAUCUUUACAAACUGCAAAUCAUAUGACUUAAAGUUUUAUUUUUUUCCCAUAUUCAGUCAACAGUCCCAAAUCAUUCUUACAAAAUAGUUACCUUAUGGCAUUAGUAACUGAUUACACAUCAAUUUCCAGUUAUUGUUUCUUAAAGACUUUAAAAGAGUUGUAAUGUAAGAGCUGCAUUAUGCACUUGAAAUGGAAAGUGAUUGUUUCGUUCUCCUUUGUUCAGGCCAAAUGUCUGCUCAGAGCAGAAGAGAGUCCUUACUGCUGAGAAACAGCCAUGUGUUCAGGCUUUUACACGGAUGGUGAAGGUUUGGAGACAAGGAUGCACAGGUCAAGCUUGGUGUAUGGACGAGUGGAGGUACUUGUUUAUUUGACUGUCACCUGGAUCAUCAUUGGGAUUAGGAGAGAGGGGAUUGGGUGUUGGUGUUUGGUGAAGGGUUUGUAUUUAGAGCAAUGGCAACAGCCAAAAAAGGAAGACUUCCCCUAUCUUUUAUUCCCCUUUUAGAAGGGAGAUGCUUGGUGUGUGACAAACAGCUUGUUUAUGAAAACAUCAUCCAUGCUAAGGCAUUUCAGAGCUUUACAUGAGACUGCACAGCCCGAGAAAGCCAUGUAAAAGAGUGUUCUUUAAGGCUGGGGAAUUACUGUGUAAGAGGAGAAAUAGACUCAGUCCCAACACUGUGAAACAGCUUUUAUUUCUAAAUAAAAAUAAUUAAAACU